AUGGCCGGUGCAUUGGACGACCUGGACCAACAUCACUCGGCUGGUACUCCAGCAGCGGCGAAAGCCCCAUAUACGCCACGAGCACGACCAACUGCCUGUCGUAAUUGUCAUUUACGAAGAGUGAAAUGCUCAGGAGGAAACCCAUGUCAUAACUGCAGACGAGCCAAUGAGGCUGUGGAAUGCGUUUAUCCCCAGAAGGAUAGAUUGGUGAAAGUUAGCCAGCAAUACAUCGAUGGCUUAAUUGCAGAGAACAAGGCGCUUCAACGUCAAGCGUCUUUGCCCCAGCCAUGUUAUGAUUCGCAGCAUGCGAGCAGUGGAGAAACAGAUCAAGUAGCAUCGCGAAAUGUCGCAGUACCAUCAACUCAGGCUCCAGAAUUGACUAGUACUCCUUGGUUCAUUGAUAUGGCUGUCCCUCACACUCCUAUCCUUCUCUCCGAGGCUUCAGAUUCGGCAUUUGCCACACGGUUCCGCCAGGCCAUGUCUAGCUCUGACCACUGCCAUUUUCCUCGAGUAAGUUAUCCAUCGGAGGACCAGAUCCUGGUCUUGAGCGAUGCUGCUUGCGCGUGGCCUAGUCCCCCGCAGGCACGUCUCCUGGUAAAUGCGGCGUUGAGGUGUCUUGGGCGUUGGUACCACAUUGUUCGCAGCAGUAUUAUUCUUGAAGAGCUUGAGAAGAUAUUACAGUACCCUGGAGCAGUGGGCAUUUUGUCUCAAAGCAAAUUCUGGGCAUUAUUUGCAAUUGGAAAAACGUAUUCAACUCGAACAUCAGCUACUCCUGGAUGUUUCCCUGGCCUAGAGUACUUUGCCAAGGCGACGAAAAUUCUUCGUAUCAACAGUGAACGCCCAACCGUCGAAAUGAUCGAGACGUGUCUUCUUUUGGUAUGA